UCGAUUCCACGCCCCUCGCUUCUUCUUUCCUUCUCUGUUUUUGAUGAGCACCUUUUUUUUUUACAUUGCUUGCCCCCGUUUCCACUCUGAAUCCCCGGAAGAUGUUCGUCUUGUGGUCUGCUUUCGCUUUUCGACUGGGUUUCUUGAUUGAUGCGGUGGCUGAUUUCUUAGGGAUUUCCAGUUCUUAGAGUUUCUUUCUUUCUUUCUCUCGCGAUUGGAACUUACGGGUUUGCUUUGCAAGGAAGAAAGCUCCCUUCUCUGUUUGGAUUGAUUGGCGAAUCAAAGAUUUCUUUACGAAUCGGAGUCGGAAACUUUCACCUUCUUCCCUUAGAUCUAUAUUCUUGUUCCAGACUUGGAUGCAUUUAUUUUAACGAUGGUAAAUAGAAGUCCGUCUCUCGGAUGUCUUCGUUAAAGAAUUUUGCUGUAGUGUAACACUGAACAAGGAAGGAUAGUGGAGACAUGGGCUGUGUCUGUUGCCGUUUGGAUGGGGAUAACUUGACUCAGCUAUUUGAAGAUGUGUUUGAUUCAUUGUUUCAGAGGCGAGAACGAGUUGCUCCUUCAGAUGUGCAGGGGGCAGUUCCUCCAACUCCUACGUCUCCGGUAGGAGUUGAUACAGACUUUUCUUUUCCAAGGCCGUUGUCAUACGAUGAUCCCAGACUCACUCAGUCGCAGUGCCAGAAUAAUGGACUUGUGUUAGGGCGUGCCGAGGUUCCAACGCAUCUUCAUAAAAAAUCUGAACCACUCAGAUCUGAAAAUGUUACAGACGCAGAAUCAACAGACAGAAAGGAGAAUAUUGAUGGAUCCAAGGCAUGUUUUUCUGAGAGUUCACUGAAGCUGCAAUCAGCACAAAUGACAGUGGGAUGUUCACUAUCUGAGGAUGAAGAUGUGUGUCCAAUAUGCCUUGAGGAGUACACAUAUGAAAAUCCAAGGGUUGAUAUGCAGUGCACUCAUCAGUACCACCUCGGCUGUAUAUAUGAAUGGAUGGAGAGAAGUCAAAACUGUCCAUUCUGUAGCAAGGUAAUUUCCUUUUCCAAGUGGUGAUUUAACCCCUUGUUUAUAUCAAGAAGUUUAUAUAUCGCUUAUCUGUUGUUUUUUGCUUUCUUGUGAAACCAGUUUAUAAUUUGAAUUAGUGGAUAACUAGGAGUUUUAGAUAGACUUAGCUUAAGCAAGGAUAAGGAAACUGGUAGCUCAGUCAGUGCAGCUCAGCUUAUAAUUGGUAUCUUUGCUGAGUUCUUAUUUGUGCAAGG